AUGUCCGAUAAAACUAGGUCCGCCAUUUCAGUACCUACUACUUAUCGGUCUCAGCAAAUUGAUGAUAAAUGGAUUAAAUGGAUUGAAGAUGGUAUUUCGAAAAAACAUAUUAAGCAUUAUGAUUAUAAAGGCUUUAAAGACCCUAAAGUAAUUAGUUCUGGAAGCUUCGGAAAGGUUUCUCGUGCAUAUUGGAGAAAUUUUCGUAAUGUAUUAGCAUUAAAAACUCUCAACGACGACACAGCUGAAAAAAUUGUUUAUGAGCUUGAAAUCCAGCGCGCAGUACACUCUUGUGAUAAUAUUAUUAAGUUUUAUGGCAUUACAACAGAAAUUCGAAAUAAUAGUCCAAAGAAAUAUAUGUUGGUAAUGGAAUAUGCCGACAGUGGUACUCUUCGAGAAUAUCUAAAGAAAAAUUUUAUAAAUCUCACGUGGAAUGAUAAAUUCAAAAUGGCAUAUCAAUUAGCUUGCGCAGUAUUAUGUUUACAUGAGGAGGAUAUUAUUCAUCGUGACUUGCACUCCAGCAACGUGUUAGUCCACCAAAAUACCAUCAAAUUGGCUGAUUUUGGACUAUCGAAAAGGAUUGAUGAAUUAGUUAGAUCAAACUCUGCAACUGGCAUGGUUCGUAAAAAGAGCGAUAUCUAUAGUAUUGGAGUACUUCUAUGGGAGAUAUCAAGCGGGCGGUUACCUUUCGAGGGUAAAGUCAAUUUUUAUUUAAUUGUCAAUAUUCCGCAAGGUCUUAGAGAAAGGCCUAUCCCAAAUACACCUAAGGACUAUGAAAAAAUUUAUACUGAUUGUUGGAAAGAUAAACCAGAUGAUCGUCCAGAUAUCGAAGAGAUAGUUACAAGAUUAGAAACGAUUAUUGCGGAAAAUGAUAGUACAAAAGAUAUUCAGUCAUAUGAUUCUAAUUCAUAUGUCCAGAAACCUCCUAAGCCUCUUUCAAUAAUCGAGAAAAAUAAUAGUACAAAAGAUUUUCAGUCUUAUGAUUUCAAUUCAUAUGUCCAGAAACCUCUUAAGCCUCAUUUAAGAUUAGAAACAAUUAUUGCGAAAAAUAAUAGUACAAAAGAUUCUCAGUCAUAUGGUUUCAAUUCAGAACCUCUUAGGCCUCAUUCAAGAUUAGAAACAAUUAUUGCGAAAAAUAAUAGCACAAAAGAUUCUCAAUCAUAUGAUUUCAAUUCAGAUGUCCAGAAGCCUCUUAGGCCUCUUUCAAAUUUUGCAAAAGAUUUUUAUUCAUAUAGUUCUGAUGAUGAUAUCGAACAACUUAUUAAAAUGAUUAGUAAUAAUCCGUAA